GUUCAGACGUACAUUUGCUGCUUGUCAGACUGUUACUGUUGUGGAUUGCUUAUAACUGACACCUGUGACCUUCAUCACUUGCUAAUAAGAUGGCUUUGUGCACGGAAGGUCGUUUGAAGCAACGCAAACUUCUCUCUCCCAUUCUCGAAGCGAAAAACGAGACGUCUUACAUGUCAAGCCCAAGAUCCACGGAACUACACCAACAUUUACUCGCUCAAUACAUGGACUUGAAAUCUCAAGUAGGCGAUAUGGAAGAGAGCCUUCUUGAUCAUCUUCUCCAAGAAAACGAGAACCUGCGCCAGGUGAAUGAGCAACAGAGCCGCGAGCUCCGACGUGAACAGGAACUGAGACGUAAAGCCGAAAAAGAGAGGGCCGAGUUCAGAGUAGAAUAUCUAAAUUUCAAACUCAGUUUGACAAUGGAGCAUGCCGAACUGCAGGAACUAAAACAGACGCUGGAGGAGCUCACCAAUAGCUGGGAGAAUGAGAAACAGGCGGAGGCAGAGCAGAAGAAGAAGCUGGAGCAAGAGCUCAAGCAGCUGAAAUCCAUCCGGCGUCAGGCUCUAUCUCUGACCUGCCAAACUCCAGUGAAGGCACAGGCCAGUCUCCCAGUCGUCGCUCCUCCAGCCCACCCGAAGAAGGCACAAAGGCCCUAUACAGGAAAAACCAAAAGCAGAGUACCGGCAAAGAUCCAGCCUGCACAGAAGAACAGGAACACCCCGUCUGCUUGUGGAGAUAGUAUGAUGAAGACCAAAGGUGACAGAAAGAUCAAGGCCACAUCUGGCAAAGAACUCAGAACAAAGGACAUAAAUAGAGGUCAAAAUGUAUCUCAACAGUCACUCAGAUACUCAAGAAGACUCCGCCAGAUGGACUAAAAAAACUGGAUAAUGUCAUGUGGUUACUGAAGAAUUCCUUAUUUGGAGUUUGAACAUGCCUGUAUAUAUUUGUAAUAUAAUUAUCUUUACAUUUAAUGAGAACAUGCCUUUAUUAGCAAUUGUGCAACAUUUGUUUGCUUUACAAGAUGAAUUUAAAACGUAUUUGUAAAACGAGAAUUGUGCCUAAUGAUGAUUAAAUGUUG